AUGGUCACAACCGAUCGAGCAGGCGUGAGUAAAGCGAGUGGUGACUAUAACGGGGGAGCCGCGUUGAGGAGGCAGCAACUCGCUGCCAAGUGGCUGGAUCUCUGCGUGGUCGCCGCUGGCGCGGGGAAGGAUUUUGCGCCUGGUGACCGCGCGCAAGCGCAGGCGCAAGCUAAGCGGGAGGCUGCUGGUUUGAAUGGAGCGUGGGACGCGGAAAAGAACGAUGCGCUUUUCGAGGUCCUGUCACGGAUGCUGCUGGCGCUACGGAUGGACGAAAUCCUGGCGAAUGUGGUAACCGGAACUGUUGACGAGGAGGAAGAAGCAGCUGCGAACGCUGGGGCAAGCGGCAAACGAGCGGAAGACGAAUUGGUGAAGCGGUGGCGCAGGCGCGCGAGUGACGGGACGGGAACGCGCGGAGCGCUGGUGCUGGCGGUGAAGCUGAGCGGAACAGACGCGAGCCGCUGGGUUCUGCGGAUGGCGGGCGGCGCGGAUGCGCACGUGCGACGCGUGGCUGCUGGAGUCAUCGAUCGGAUUCUGUGGGACGUCGAAACGGGCCGAGUGCAGAACGAGCUUGAGAAAGAAUGCGCCCGGCUGGACUCGAACCAGCGACCUGGUGGAAUCAGCGGGCCUAGAAGCCUCCACGAAAUUUCUUCAAUCUUGUCGCUUCCUGACCCGCUUUCCAGCUGUUUGCCGAGAUCUCCGCUUUCUUUGUCCUCUAGCGAGAGCGACAGCAGCGGAAGCGACGGGGAAGAUGAAGGGAAAGGCGGAAGGGUGGGUGGGAAAAAACCAAGUUCCAUUCCCGUUAGUAGCUCGGACGUGCUUAUAUCGAGAGUCGCUGGUGCUUUGAUUGCGUCUCUUGGUGCUGCUGCUGCGCUUCCUGUCGGCGCGAACGCUACAACAGGCGCCAGGGGCGGAAGCAAUGCUUCCGGGCCCGGAAUUACCUCAGGCGGAGGACUCUCCCCCGAAUCCAGGAGUUUGUCGCUGCCAACUGGAGUCGACCCGAAGCAACUGCUUCCCACGUCAUCGUCCACGUCAUCGCCGGAAUCAUCCACGUCAGCCGGGUCCACUGCUUCUUCCGGCAGUAAUGCCGCCCAUGCGCAAGGGGGCAGCACUGCGGAAGGGGAGGACGGGGGGAGGAGCGGGAGCAACAGCAGCCGCGCGAGCAGCACCGAGAGCACCGCCGCGAGCAAACCCAAGGAUGGCGCAGGGUCCGCGCGGAAGAGCGGAGAGGGGGGAUUCGGAGUGGGGAGCACUGUGCUGGGACUGACGUCACCGCGUGCACCGGCGGUAAUAUCUGCGCAAGUCCAGCAGCAGCAGAGAGGAGCGGGCGACGCGAACAAAGCGGUUCCUGCUUCUUCUCGGCUCUACAGCUCGGUUCCUUGCUCCCCCGCCCACCACGCGGGGGGAGUCGUGGGGGGAGGUUCGAGAGGAGCGGCGCGCCGAGCGCGGUCAGGCAGAGGGGCUCUGGACGCCGAAGCGGCAGCGGCUCGGCUGCAAGCGAUCGCUGCUGCAGCUGCCGAAGCUGGCUCGGACUCACGUUCGGAAAGGGCUCCAGCCCCAGACACCCAGGAGCCUCCUCCUCUGCUUCUCUUUAUAGUCCCAGCCCCUCCCACCGUUACUGUCCCAGCCCUUCCCCCCAUUACAGUCACAGUCCAUGCACCCAACGCCACCCCUCUAAACCAGAGACCCUACGCCCCAUCCCCUGCCCACUCAGCCCUCUCUCGCCCCUCCCCUUCUCGAUCCACCUUCUCCUCCUCCCCAGCCCAUGCCUCCUCCGCGAAUUCACCUGCCCGGGCUGCCUUUUCUUCCUCGCCUGCCCGGGGUGCCUUCCCUUCCACUUCUAUUGCCAGAAGCGCCUCCUCUGGCACUGCCUCUCCUGCUGCUUCUGCUGCAGUGGCCCUCAGGAGUGUGAUGAAAGGAUCGAGCACAAACCCUCAUAGCAGAGGGACGUGUGGGGAGAUAGAGGAGGAAGCAGAAGCGGUGGAGGAGGUGGUGGUUGAUGUGAAGACGAAAGUUCCAGCGCCUGCUGUUCUUGAUGCUAAUCCUGCUGCUGCCGCUGCUGCUGCUGCUGCUGCUGCUGCUGCUGCUGCUGACAUUGAUGAUUAUGCUGCUGCUGAUUCUGAUGCUGAUGGUGCUUCUGCUUCUGCUUCUGCUUCUUCUUCUUCUGUACCUUCUGUGUCUCCUCCUGCCUCUGUUUCUCCUGCUUCCUCGUCUCCUCCUGCUUCCAUAUCUCCUGCUUCUGCGUCUCCUGAUUCUGUUUCUCCUCCAACUGCUGCCUCCAUCGCUUCAGAUGACCAGACCGAAAAUUCAGGUUCUGGUUCAUCCACCACACUACCCUCGCGGGAUAUCAUUCCUCUUAACGCAGAUGAUGAAUUCGAGGAGGAUGAUGAUAAUAUCGAGGCCGACCUUAACGCGGCUGUCAUGGACAUCAAGGGCGCCGAAGACAGUGAGGAGGAUGAUGAUGACGAUGAGGAUGAUAUUGACGAGGACGUGGAAGCGGAUAUGCAGCUCUCGGGUCUUGCUGCUAAGAUGGAGAAACAGGCCAAGUACAUGCGUAUGAAGCUUGGGGGAGUGAAGGAGGAUGAAGAGGAUGAGGAAGAGGAGGAUGAGGAUGAGGAGGAGGAUGGAGAGGGGGCGCUUUGGGGGCAGAAGAAGCGGGAGUACUACAGUGCGGAUAAUGUGGAUUAUGAGUUGCAUAUGGAUGGGGAGACAGGGGCGCAGGAGGAGGAGGAGGAAGCUCUUCGGCUGCAGCAGCAGAUCGCAGCUGGGUUGAGGGUGGAGGAUUAUGAGGAGGAGGGAGAAGAGGAGGGAGAGGAGGGAGAAGAGGAGGAGGGAGAGGAGGACGAAGGGGAGGAGGGAGAGGAAACGAUGUUAGAAAAGGUGGAGAAGGAGGGGCGGAAGAAGGGUGAUAAGGGGGGUGAUAAGCGGAGUGAUAAAGGCGAUAAGGGGAGUGAUAAGCGGAGUGAUAAGGGCGAUAAGGGGAGUGAUAAGGCGCUGGAGAGGAAGGGGAGGGGAGCGGCUGUGGUAGAACGGGUGGUGAAGGAUGCGAGUCUGCUGACCAAGGAGGAGCAGAUGGCGGCGCUGAUGAGUGACGCCCCAGAGCUGGUGGGUCUGCUUUCGGAUCUCAAAACGACCCUCAAGGAGCUCAACACAAAAGUGCUGCCGCUGCUGCAGCAGGUGCGGGAGGGGGAAUACGCGACAGAGAAUGGAGUAUCCUACCUGGAGGCAAAGCACGACUGUUCCUGGAAAAGGUGGGUUGGUUUUAUUUGGGCUAUUGCUGUUGCAUGGUUUGCUGCUCUGCACCCUGCCUCCCACCCACUCACCCUCCCUCCCACCCACUCACCCUCCCUCCCACCCACUCACCCUCUCUCCCACCCACUCACCCUCUCUCCCACCCACUCACCCUCUCUCCCACCCACUCACCCUCUCUCCCACCCACUCACCCUCCCUCCCACCCACCCCCACCCUCCCACCCACUCACCCUCCCUCCCACCCACUCACCCUCUCUCCCACCCACUCACCCUCUCUCCCACCCACUCACCCUCUCUCCCACCCACUCACCCUCUCUCCCACCCACUCACCCUCCCUCCCACCCACCCCCACCCUCCCACCCACUCAUCCGUUUUCAGUCCCAACUCUCUCUCCCCUCCCCCUCCCCCCCCCCCUACCCCCCCCCUCCCCACUCCCCCACUUCCCUCCCCCCUCCGCACACCCAACCCUCUCUCCCUCUCAAAUCAGAUCCGCCCUAUUGACAAGAAGCUGCAGUACCAAAUUGAGAAGCUUCUCAAGCUGGCCUCCUCAGCCAAUCGCGGCGCGACACCUGGCAAGCAGUCCGCAGCAGCAGCAGAGGCCGGGGCGGGAGGGUCACUAGACGACCUGAAACACCGCCCUAACCCGAACCUCCUAGUGUCGAAGCUCGGGGGAAGUGGCGGCGGUGGGGGAGAGGGUGGGAGUGAUGCUGCUGGACUGGAUGGUGCUGCUGCUGGUGGGGUGUACAAGCCUCCUAAGAUUGCUCCGAUGGCAAUGGAUGGGGAGAAGGAGGGAGGGAAGAAGAGCGGGGAGGUGGGGGCGAGGAGGGAGGAGAGGGAGAUGCGGGAGGCGAGGAGGCGCGCGGCUAGGAGCGCGUUUGUGAAGGAGCUUGCAGAAGAUGUGGAGGGGCGGCCGCGAGAGAUGCGAGUGGAGGGUGCCUCAACGAUGAUGGUGGAGGGCAAGGAGAUGGAGAGGGAGGUGGAGCGGCUGAGGGAGAGGGCUGCAGCGGAGGAGAGGAUGUUCUCCCGCGUGCCUCUGAACCGCGGGGAGAAGCAGCGCCUCAAAGCCCUCAAGAGGAGCCAGAACAUGCUUGCUGGUAUGCUGGAUGAUUUCGAUGAUGACAUCGCUGGCAUCAUGGCAGCAGGGGAGGAGGGGGGCGCACAGGCUGGCCUCACAGCAGGAGCAGCAGCAGGGGGAGCAGGGGGAGGAGGAAUAGGAGGGUUGACGAGUGCUGGUAUGCUGGAGUCGCUGCUUCGGCCGCGCAAGCUGUCAGAGGCGAUUCACGAGGCGGGCAAGAUGACGUCCCUCAGGGGCGCACAGGGCAAGGUUAUAUCCGGAGACGCUGAUCUCCCCUUGAAACCCGACCUGGGUGAGCGCCGCCGAGCCUACGAGGCAGGCGUGGUGGCGAAGCAGGUUCGGAAGCGAGGCUCGGAGGACCUAGGGUUCGACCAAGGAGACGAGGACGGAGGAGACGGAGAGGGAGGAGAAGGAGGGGAGGAGGACGAGUUCUAUGCUGAGGCUCGGAAGAUGCAGGAGGCUCGGCGGUCCGCCAAGGCUGCCAAAUACUCCUCCUCUGGCCUUGUUCCUGAAGCUGAGCCCUCGGUGGACGAGGAUGGGCGCCGGCAAAUCACCAACCAGAUUGAGAGGAAUCGCGGCCUGACAGCGCACCGCAACAAGGCAGUCAAGAACCCUCGCAAGAAGUACAAGUCGGAGAAUGGCGCGAUAGCUGGCCGACCCUCCUCACCGAUCCAAGAGCAUGCGUCUUCAUUCAAUGUACCUGGCGUUGAUGAAGGGUUGAUCUGGACGGAGGGAGGUUCCGAGCAGCUCGGUGCGCUUCUCGAAGGAGGGAGCGUUUACCGAGAGAGAUUCGUCAUCAGGUGUUACGAAGUCGGCGUUCAUAAGACCGCGUCGAUUGAAACUAUCGCCAAUUUAUUGCAGGAGGUGGGGACCAAUCAUGCUCACAGCGUUGGGUUUUCUAAGGACGGCCUGGCAACCACGCCAGGCAUGCUGAGACAUAAUUUAAUAUGGGCAACAACUCGGAUCCACAUCGAGAUGUACAAGUAUCCUACCUGGGGAGAUGUUGUUGAAAUUGACACGUGGUGUCAGUUAGAGUCAAACAUAUUGACACGGCGAGACUGGAUCAUUCGGUUGUCAAAAUCUGGUGAUGUCAUUGGUCGAGGCACCAGUUCCUGGGUGAUGAUGAAUUCCAACACACGUCGUUUGGCUCGAAUUCCGUCUGAUGUGUGGGAGGAAAUUAUUAUUCACUGCCCUAAUCCUUCCCUGUAUGCUCUUCCUCCGGACGCGGUGGAAAAGUUGCCGAAGCUCAAAGAGCCGGCUGACCAUUCAAAAUCGAGUCUCUGUGCCAGAAGAAGUGACUUAGACAUGAAUCAGCAUGUCAAUAAUGUGACUUACAUUGCAUGGAUGCUCGAAAGUUUGCCUCAGGAACUGGUCGACAGCUCGGAGCUGGCUCAAAUAAGCAUCGAGUACCGGCGAGAAUGCAGUCAGAAUGACAUGGUGGAGACAUUGGCCAGUCACACAGUGCCAGCCGCCAAACCAGAGGCCAUCAAACAGUGCACCACCACAGACGGGGUCCUUUUGUCAAAGGAGUCCGAGGAGGCAAAAGGUGUCUGCUUGUUAACGCUGGUGGAGCGAGAGCGACCCGAAGCGCUUCAACACUUCUCGCACAUCCUGCGGCUUCAGGACAGCAAGAAAGAGAUUAACAAGGGUCACACAGUCUGGCGCAAGAGGAGAUAA